CUGAAUUUGACAGGGCUUAGCUUUGCUUACACUUGUAUUGAAAUUUACUCUUGUUUUGUCAGUUUUUUGUGUUUUUUUUUCACCGAAAUUGUCUAUAUGAGAUGUAAUGAUUUUUAAAUCAGUAAAGAUUUUCCAUUGGUACAUGUGAUACUUUUAGAUACUGUUCGGCUCCUGCUUCAAAAUUCCACGUUAAUUGCACCGUGCAGUCGGCUGCUUUGGCAACGAGCCAAUCCAACGUCCACAGCAAAAGCUCAGAACCGAAGGAAGAGGAAGGCCACUGAACAGGGAUACAUCCAGGAGCGUGCAAGAACUGGGAUACGGACAAGCAAAGAAUACCCCAACGGACAUUGAUUCACAGCUCUCGAGCGUAAGUGGCAGGACUGGCCGGAGCCGCAGCAGCAAUCAGCAUGACGCCGAGUACGCCGGUCGGUGGAGUCACCGGGAGCCGCAAUCGAUACUACAACCCCGUCUCCAAGAUACAGUCGCUCAUUCACAAUCUGGACGCCGAGCUGGUGCAGCUGUGCAAGCAGUGCACCGUGCCAAAGCCGCUGGCCAGCAAUAACAGCAAGCCCAUCAUCGGUGGCAGUGGCUUUGCCCACAACUAUGCCUAUGGAUCCAGGCCUCCGGGCGCGGUUGGGACCAGCAACUUGGACAGCAUCGCCGCCCAAAGCUUCCGUCCCGAGAGCAUCAACAGUUUGCUCUCCCGAGCUCGCUUCACCAGCUCGACACCCAGGCCCACGACACCUUCACCGCUAGCGCCGGAGGCCCACAAGCGCCAGAUGCGGAAUGUCUAUCGGACGCGUGUGAUCGACGCUUACCGUAACCGACGCAUCUUCACCGUGUACGGAAAUUACCACACGGUUCGUAGGGCACUGAUGCGGAGAGGGUGGCUGGAGAAACUGCCGGCGGCGCGUUUUGCCAAGCUGCAGAAUAUGUCCGAAGACACCCUGCUGGAGCACGCCCGGCGAGGGAACGAUUACGAGGCGGUGUUCAUCUCCAAGAUGAUCAACCAUUUCCCGGCUUUUUUCAUUUGGCAAAGCAAGGCCCAGCGCGAUCUGUGCGCGGAGGUGCGACCCUUCAGGAACCGAGUGCGCCGCAGCCAGUUCCUGGACUUCUCCACAAAGGUGGGACUCGUGGGAUGUGCUGAACAGGAGCGCUGGUACCGCGAGGACGGUGUCUGCGGAAUGAGCUAUCCGCGCUUCUACCGCCUGGGCGGCAACAGUCUGGAGGAGCGCUUGGCCUUUAUCGAAGACUACCAGCAGACGCAGGCCCGAUCGCUGCUCCGAUACGUAAAGGAGCAUCAGCCGGCGGAACUAAUUAGCGACAGCGGCACGGUGUCCAGUACCACAUUGGACUUUGCCCUCGGAAAGGUGAAGAAGAUGGUGCGGUAUGCAGAGCACACUUCCUUGGACGAUGCCCGAAUAAAGCCGGCGUCGCCCGCGGAGAUCGUUGAGAAUCAGACGUUUAUGAUGCAGUCCACCGAAGUGCUCAAGUCAAACGCCAAGUUCAAGAUGAGCGAGAAGGUAAUGACCGAGUACGCUCGUCUGGCCAAGCUUUAUCUCGAUCAGAUCGAGUCGCUGCGGCCGGAUUAUCGCUGGGAUGGUAGCCGUAAUUUGUGGAUCCUAAAGCCCGGAUACCAGUCUCGCGGCAUUGGCAUCGUCAUACGCAGUUCCCUGGACGACAUCCUGCAGUGGACAUCCAACAAUCAGAACAAGAAGUACAUUGUCCAGAAGUAUAUAGAGCGACCCCUGCUUGUCUACCGAACCAAAUUCGACAUCCGGCAGUACAUGUUAAUCACAAUCUCGGACACCACGGUCAACAUCUGGAUGUAUCGUGACUGCUAUCUGCGCUUCAGCUCGCAGGAGUUCACCAUGGACGACCUGCGCGAGUCCAUCCACCUGACCAACAACUCGGUGCAGAAGCGCUACAAGAACAAGACCAACCGCGACUCGCGGCUGCCCAAGCACAACAUGUGGUCGCUUGAGCAGUUCAAGGCCCACCUGACCCACAAGGGAGCUGCGGAAGGGACUUGGUCGAAAAUCUACAAUGGCUUCAAGCAGAACCUUGUGGCCGUGGUCAUGGCCAGCCUGGAUGAGACGGAGCUGGUGCAGAACGCCUUCGAGCUGUACGGUUGCGACUUCAUGCUGGACGAACACUACAAUCCCAUUCUAAUCGAAAUCAACUCGACGCCGGAUCUGUCGCCCUCGACGGAGAUCACGGCUAGGAUCUGCCCGCAGGUGCUGAAGGACUGCAUCCGCGUUGUGGUGGACCUGCCAAAGAACCCCUCCGCCGCCACCGGUCACUUUGAGCGAGUUUUCGAAGUCAACUACAGCAUUAAUAAGGGUGCCGAUGGCAAGCCCCUGGAGCUAAACGGCAAGCAGAUGACCCUCUUCGACCAGCCCAAGAUACGGAGCCAACCGCGGUCGCGGCUCCUGCGCAAGAUCCUGAACAACGUCAAGCCCACCACGAGCAACAAACUGGAGAAGGCCAAGGAGGCUCAGGCAAUGAGUGUGAAGACAGUCUCUGGAAAGGUUUCCAAGAAGAAGAAAUCACAUUCUGCUGAGAUGGCAAGUUUGGACACACCCUCCUCCCAUACCUCAUCGCAGAACGUCGGACCGAAGGUUAUCCUGAAUUCAACGACUCGAGAGAAUCUCGCACUGCAAUACACUGCUCCCAAGUAAAGCCCUCUGAACAACUUUGGCAUAAUGUGUAUUUCUUCUUAGCAAUUAGGAGAUUUGAAUGAAAGUCAAGCUAAAAAUCAAAUGUAGAAGAGAGGUAUGUUCCAGAAGUAAACUUAAAAUUCUUAGGCAUGUGAAGUCCUUUCAAGCAGGCUGAUGAUUGUAAAGAUAACAACAUUCCCAAUGGAUCUAUAGUCAUUUCCCGACCAAAGUAUCAAAGAUCAUUCUACAGAUGCAUAAUAAAAUCAUUAAAAAUCAAGGGUUCUAAAAAUAUGAAAGACCUAAAGCAAAUUCAUGCUCGGCCUGAGCUUGUAGUGGACCACGAGUAUUCAGAUCAGGAUCACUGCCAAAAUCAAAUGGAGUUAUUGAAAAACUAAAACAAAAGCAAAGAUUAUUAAACAUGAAAAGCUAAAAAAUUAUAUUUAGAUCAUUUUGAUGAAGACUUUUCGAAUAAAAUUGUCUUAGACUUA